UGGGCAAGUUGCGCUGGAUGACUGCGAGUCAGCGUGGUAGCCGGCCCUUAUUUACUGGGCAGAAGGUCGCCCGCCACCACCGCUUAACUGCUGCCCGCGGCGCGAGCUCGCUGAGCAAAGAUAUUCGGAGAGCGUUGCGAUUGGCUCUCAGACCCGCAAGCUGCGGAGCCCCGAUUGGCUGCAGGACUUCCUUUGUUUCUUUCCCCGCUGCCGCAGGAGAGCGGAAGUUUGACUCGACUCUGUUGCAGCUGGAGAUGCGAGGGGGUGAUCGCUCAGCUAGCAAGCAAGCAAAGUAAACCUCCCUAUGCUCAUUUCCUUUCUAACCACACCCGACUGUCAGUAGGGGUGGAGGAGAAGGAGGAAGAGAAAAAGAAAGAAAAUUGUUCUCUGGUUUUACGUUCCUCCCCGGAUCGCGUGUGCGUGUGCAUGGUGGGGAUCCAGUAUGGAUUUGGAAAGCAAAAUCAAGAAGAUGGGCUUAGGACAUGAAGAAGGAUCUGGAGCCCCAUGCUUGAAAUGCAAAGACAAAUGUGAAGGAUUUGAGCUACAUUUCUGGAGGAAAAUCUGUCGAAACUGCAAGUGUGGGCAGGAGGAGCAUGAUGUUCCCACUAGUAAUGAGGAUGACCGUAAAGUGGGGAAGCUCUUUGAGGAUACAAAAUAUACAACUCUUAUUGCGAAGCUGAAAUCAGAUGGGAUCCCUAUGUACAAGCGCAAUGUAAUGAUAUUAACUAAUCCUGUGGCAGCCAAGAAGAAUGUGUCCAUCAAUACUGUAACGUAUGAGUGGGCACCUCCUGUUCAGAAUCAAACCCUGGCAAGACACUAUAUGCAGAUGCUUCCAAAGGAAAAACAGCCCGUGGCUGGUUCGGAAGGGGCUCAGUACAGAAAGAAGCAAUUGGCAAAGCAGCUGCCUGCUCACGAUCAGGAUCCUUCCAAAUGCCACGAGCUGACUCCCAAUGAGGUGAAGCAGAUGGAGCAGUUUGUGAAGAAAUACAAGAACGAGGCACUGGGAGUAGGAGAUGUCAAGCUCCCAAGCGAAGUGGAAGGGAAAGCUGGUGAAAAGAAUGUCCCGGCUAAUGGGGAGCGAGGCACCUCGGCCACGGUAGGAGCUAUGGAAGACAAGCUGGCUGGUCAGAAGGGAUCCCAGUAUUUCUGUUUCUGCUGCAAACUGAGCAUGAAAGAAGGGGACCCGGCUGUCUAUGCUGAGCGGGCUGGCUAUGACAAACUCUGGCAUCCAGCUUGUUUUGUUUGCUGUACCUGUAGCGAGCUCCUCGUGGAUAUGAUCUACUUCUGGAAGAAUGGGAAACUCUACUGUGGCAGACAUUACUGUGACAGUGAGAAACCACGCUGUGCUGGCUGUGAUGAGCUUAUAUUCAGCAACGAGUACACCCAAGCAGAAGGUCAAAGCUGGCAUCUGAAACACUUCUGCUGCUUUGAUUGCGACUGUGUCUUGGCUGGAGAGAUCUAUGUCAUGGUAAACGAAAAGCCUGUCUGCAAACCGUGCUAUGUGAAGAAUCAUGCUGUGAUCUGCCAAGGUUGCCACAAUGCUAUCGACCCUGAAGUGCAACGUGUGAGUUACAACAACUUCAAUUGGCAUGCCACUACAGAGUGCUUUCUGUGCUCCUGUUGUAGCAAGUGUCUCAUUGGCCAGAAGUUUAUGCCGGUAGAAGGAAUGGUUUUCUGCUCGGUGGAAUGUAAGAAAAAGAUGAUGUCCUAAUGGGAAGGGGGCCUGGAUCAAGCCAAGAUUUGUUUCAUUUCAAAGUCCUCUGCAUUUCUACUGUAUUGGGGCAUUUUUCACAAAAUUGAACAUAUUAAAUAGCAAAUUCCAAAGAUUUUUGUUCUACAUUUUUAACUUGAUUGCUUGUGAUUAAGUACUUCCAGUACUUCUGUAAUCUUACUGCUUUUUGAUUACGUAUUGAAAAAACCUUUCUCAGAUGUAGGGCACCUAGCAUUCAUGAUAUAUGUCAAAGACUAUAUGUUCUUCAUCUUCUUUAUGCACAUUUUUAAACAAGUUAACUUUAUAAAAAGAAAAUAAUGCCUUUGACAUGUUGUAAUUGUUAUGCCUUAAACCAAGGGUGGGGAACCUGUGGCCCACCAGCUGCAGGUGGACCAUAACUCCCUUCAUUUCUAGCCACUGGCCAUACUGGCUGGGAAUGAUGAGAAUCAGAGUUCAACAGCAUCUGGAGGGCCACAUGUUCCUGAUCCUUGCCUUUAAAUGAAAGGCAAAACACUGAAUAGCAGCCCCACAUUAUAAUUCUGCUACUGGGCUCUACCAUUUUACACUGGCGGUACAAUUUGGUGUUUCCUUGUAUUUAAAAAUACCACAUACCAAUAUGGCACACACACACACACCCAAUAUGCUAAGCUAGAACCUCCUUCCUGACAUGCUACCUUCAUAUUGGGUGAAAUUUUAAAAGUAUGAAGUAGCAUUUAAACAUUUGAAUCCCUACCUCCAGUUUGAAGUAUCAAAAGUCCAGCCAUGGAUCAUUUACAUUGGCCUGCUGACUGUGUACAGCAGCACUCAGGCAUAAUUAAGCUGAUUUUAAAAAAAGCAUUCCUGAUUUCAUUGCAUGUUUUAAUCAAAAGUCCUAAAGGCUGGAAUUCAACCUUUAAUAUUUGCAUUAAAACACUUGAUUCUUCAUUAGGCUUAAACUAUUUAAAAAAUGGGAGACUUUUUGUGCUUAGAAUGGCUGCCUAUUAAACAGAAAUUUUGGUCAGAAUGUAGUUGCCUCUUUUUGAAAGAAGCCGGUCUAUGAGGACAAACUGGCUUGUUAUCGAUUGUGCGUGUUCAGUCUUUGUCCAAUGUUUUGUUUGCAAUAAUAGGCAAUAGGAAUGGUUUAAAUUUGCUUCUGGUGAAACUGUGUCAAAAGACAAAUAUGUAGUGGAUAAUUCCAUGAGAAAUCAAAGCAGUAUGUUCUGGAGGCUGUAAAUUGUGGCACAAUCCUGGUUAUAGUGUAACAGAGCCCCAAAUCAGCACACUUAAUGAGGAUUGGAGAACUAGAAAUAACUAGACGUGUGUUGGGGAAGGGCUGUAGCUCAGUGCUUUGCACGCAGAAGGUCCCAGAUUCAAUCCCUAACAUCUCCAGGUAGGGCUGGGUAAGGCCCUUGUCUGAAACCCUGGACAGCAGCUACCAGUCCAUGCAUCCCAGGGUGAGGAACUGAUGGCCCUCCAGAUGUUGUUGGCCUCUAUCUCCCAUCAGUUCCAGCCAGCAUGGCCAAUGGUCAGAGAUGAUGGAGUUGUAGUUCCGCACCAUUUGGAGCGCUAAGGGUUUCCCACCCCUGGUAUAGACAGUACAGCUACAGGACUGAUGGGUCUGACUAGGAAUAAGCCAGCUUGCUGUGUUCCCUAGGAAGUGGAAUAGUGUCAUCCUGGUAUUUCUCUAUAACAAAUGUAAGAGGGUACAUAGCAAAUGAAUUUGGGAGCAGGGGGAUGCUGGCUUUGUUACCUAUGCAAGCUUUCUAUUCAGCUCUUCUAAAACUAAAGAAGUGUGUACACCUAUAUUAAUACUCUCAAAUAAAACUUUUUUUAAAAAA